AUGGGCUUACGAAGGGGCAUUGAAGCUCUUGUCCAAAAGGGAUCAAUGGUAUUUGCAGGCAGAUACCUUGGUGCUAAGAAAUCAUCAAAUUACACUGAAUCUGCAAGAGAUGACACAACUGAGCACAAAAUAGCUGCUUCUGAGCGUGAAACUUCUAUUGAUGAUUCAAUGGAAACUCAUGAAAUCGCUGAACAGCAUUCUGGAAGAAUUGCAAAGCGUAUCAUAGGUUUAGGAUUUCUGUUUAUUCUUUUGGCAGUAGUUAUGAGCACAUCAAAACGGUUUUCUGGGGCUGACUCACCUCAGUGUCGGUCUGUGUACAUGUAUCCAUCAUACGCUCGAAUAGACGGGUUUGACGAGAGAUACACUAAGCUAGCCAAAAAAUACCAUCUUUACCUGUAUCGUGAGCAGGGCAAGGAUCAAGGUCCUCGAGAAGACGGUACUAUCCAACUGGACGGUAUCCCUGUGUUAUUUAUUCCAGGAAACGCAGGCAGUUUCAAACAGGCGCGUUCCAUCGCUGCUGCCUGUGCAUACGUAUAUUUUGACGAACCGGGGUCAAUCCAAAACCCUCACACAAAGAACCUUGACUUCUUCACAGCCGAUUUCAAUGAGGAUCUCACAGCUUUCCACGGCAGAACAAUGCUUGAUCAAGCCGGCUACUUAAAUGAUGCAAUUGAGUAUAUUCUUUCACUGUAUCAAUCGACCGGAAGCAAUCAUGACCCUACUCCCCAAUCCGUCCUCAUAGUUGGUCAUUCUAUGGGCGGUAUUGUAGCAAGAGUGAUGCCCACCCUCAAGAAUUUUAGACCAGAUUCGGUUAACUCUUACAUCACACUCUCUGCCCCUCAUGCCGUUGCUCCCGUCACCUUUGAUGGCGACAUGCUUAAGAUUUACGAGCGGAUAACUAAAUUUUGGAGAGCCCAGUAUGCAGAUAGUUCCAGCUCCUAUUCGCAAAACGUUUCAAUAAUUUCAAUUACAGGUGGUGUUCUAGACAGCGUUCUUCCUGCUGAUUUCACCAUCAUUGAGGGAAUUGUUCCUUACAGUAAUGGGUUUACGACGUAUACUACCACAAUUCCAGAACUAUGGACCCCGAUUGAUCAUUUAGCUAUAGUAUGGUGCGAUCAACUUCGAAGCAUUCUUGCACAUAUUUUAUUGGAGUCGGUGGACACGCGGUCUCCAUUCAAGACGAGAUCACUGGAUGACAGAAUGCAUUUGUAUCGGAAAAUGCUUCUCACAGGGCUUGAAGACUAUACAAAUCAAGACAAAGUUCUUAGUGCAACGCCGAGCGGACUUACCGAUACUCUUGAGCUGUCCACAGAUUUCCAGCAGGUGAACAUCGACGAACAGCUCAUCAUUACCAGUGCAAAUAGGCAGACAAAACCUUCUUACUACAUUUUCACUAUACCAAAGAACUCCGACAGACUUCAAUUCUCCGUUCUGACAAGUAACCUGUCGCAUCAGGUUCUCUUUUGUCAAGAUGGACGUGCAGUUCAAGAUGAAGCUUCGGCAUACAGCUGGACAGCAAACUGCAUUUCAGCUUCCGAUGACUUCGUAAAAAUACCUAGGUCUGCUCUCGACAGCUAUAGCCCAUCUGAGUCAUCAUGGGGAGCAGAUACUGCCCCUUUCGAGUUUCUGUCGGUUAAUCUAACAAGUUUGCUCGCCUAUGAUUUCAUUGCGAUAAAUACUGAAAGCACGAACCUGGAUGAGGACUUCUUCAUGAUAGGUGAACUCACAACCAAAGAAACGAAGGCGGUUAUUAGCGACACUCCUUUUUCUGUCUUCUUCAACGGAUUGUUCAAAAUGCGGAAGAUGCUAAGAACUUCGGGUCUAGUUACUACCUUGGAUUUCACCAACUUAUAUUCUUCAAUUGUAUCUUACCGUGUCAGAACCAGAAGCAAAGGAUGGAGAAGCAGAGGAGAUACUCGUCUAUUUAUGCCGCUUUUUAGGCAAUCGGUCGAAAAGCCCUUUGAGAGUAAGUGGCAUGUCAACUUGUAUCAGGGCCCUCAAGACGUCAACUUUCACAACGUUGCACCUUUUGUAGAGCUGAAUUCCACGCACGACAAAUCGUUGAGGCUGUCUUUCAUCAAUCCGCCCGGAACAGAAACCUAUAUGGACUUGAAAGUCAAUUGGCCUUUAACGGUCAAGAUGCUGCUCAUAAGGUUUCGAUUGUCUAUUGCUGCCUUCACCAUUGCUUUCGUAUCGUUGGUAGUAGCAUACCAAUUUCGUCAUUACGGCAAGACUGGACAAUUCAUUGCAUUUGAUUCCGCACUAUUUCGUGUACUGCAUAGGCAUUGGGUUGGAGUUUUAAGUUCUCUGAGUCUCCUCAUACCUCUGACGAGCCUACAAAAUUCGAGUCAAAGUUUUAGCUCCAUCAGCCACAAGCUUUUAGCAUGUUUAUCUGGGCUUAUGUCGUCGAAUUCGGCAGACAGUGCGUUUUUCCUCGGCGUACGUGAGUCAUUCAUGUGGUGGCUGGGACCUGUAUUCUUUAUGAUGACGAUCUCUUUGGUCUACUUAGUUUACUGCAUUAUGGCUUUCAUCGAAACACUAGCAGCGUGGUUGGGCAGAAAGACAGGCAUUAAUCGUCCGGCAGCCAGAAACAGCAGUAUGUCCUCAAGUUCUGUUAACUAUCAAUUCUACGACGCUAGACAGAUUUUGGGAGCUCUGAUUAUCAUUUUAAGCGUAUUAUUCUACGUUCCAUACCAGUUCGCAUUUGUCGUUCUUACCAUAGUGCAGGCACUUUUUUGCGUGAAACUUGCUGUUAGUCAAAGGGGAAAAGAUGCUCGCAAUCUUGCAAACUUUAACAAUUCGGUUUUGAUGUUGAUGCUGUUCCUUGUUCCGAUAAAUGCUCCCAUAGUAGUGGUGUUUAUGCGCAAUUUCGCAAUCAAAUGGGAAACACCAUUUCGGUCUCAUCAUAACUGCCUUGCCGUGCUGCCGAUAGUCUUGCUAAUAGAAAGCAAUGCCCGGUCUCGAAUGCCAAAGAGAGCUACGGCCGGCAAGGAUUUAACAAAUAUCGUCGUUGGAUGGCUAUUGCACACCUCACUGUACAGUGUUCUUUUCGGGACUAGGAACUUGUACUGGCUACACCAUUUGUUCAACUCACUGUGCGCUAUGCUUUUCCUUCAAACGUUCGCAUAA